CGCCUAGCUAGUUUGUAACAUUAGUACUACCAAUUAUAUAUCAUAAUAAUUAAGAGUAAGAUCAAUAAUUCAAGAUGUUGGAUCAUCCUCAUCAGGCUAUGAUGAGAUAUAAUUACAAUAACCCCCCAUCAUUUCCUCAUCAGCCAGAAGCAACAGCUAACAACGGUUGUUAUGCUGAUUAUGGUGGUAAUGGUUAUGGCUACGGCUACGGUCGUGGUCAUGACCAUAGUGGUUCUUUUGGGAUAAGUGGAUUCAACAACAAUGGCUACGGCAACCAAAAUUUCUCUGGUGCGACGGUUAACAGUGGAUAUUAUUCCGCUGAUCGAAACAGGUACUACACUACAAACAACCACGAUUCCCCUAUUUUUAACAAUAGUGGCAGUUUCCAUGGCAGUGGCAAUGGAAGCUAUUAUGGAGGUGGUUUUGACGCAAGGAACUACUACGGUAGGAGUGGCUAUGGUCCAAGGUUUUGAUCUAUAUAUGAUGCAUGUGUAAUAUAUUAAGGGUUUGUGGGUUUAAGAAAAUAUUUUUAUUUUUUAAAUUCUGUAAAAAAAAAAAUAGAUGGUAAAAACAAUAAAAUGAAAUUGAAUUUAUUGUUUUUACUUUUUAUUUUUAUUUUUUUUAUAGAAUUUUAAAAAUAUAAAAUAUUUAAAAUAAAAAUAAAAAACCAAAGACACCAUAAUAUAAAUAUAGUGUGUUUUAUAUUAUGCUAAUAGGAUAAAGUAUACUUUUUAUCUCUAAAGUUUGACAAAAAUUUUAAAAACACUUUUAAAUUUUAUUUUGUUUUAAUUUUGUCUCAAAAGUUUUCGAUUUGUAUUAAAUAUAUUCUUGAUGGCUAAUUUUUCAAAAAAUUUAAAACCAAUUCAACAAUAAUUUCAUAAAAACAACUCUCAAUACAAGCAAAUGAAAUAUUAUUUUCAUGCAUUAUUGUUAGAUUGGUCUUCAAUUCUUUUAAAAUUUAGUUAUCAAAGCUAUAUUUGAUACAAAUAAAAAAUUUUUGAGAUAAAAUUAAAAUAAAAUAAAAUUUAAAAAUAUUUUUAAAAUUUUUGUCAAACUUUAGAAACAAAAAGUAUCUUUAUCCAUGCUAAUAUAAUUAAAAUAACGGAUCAAGUUUGUCCACUGGUGUGUACUUUGCAUCUUCCUUUUGUUUUAACAAUUGAUAUAUAUGUAAGUAUGAAUUUAAUUAGGAUAAUCAAUUUGGUUCAAGUCCGGAUAAUUUAGAAUAAUUACAAUAAUAAAGCUCUGCUAAUAUUAAUCUGAACUUGCAAUAUGUUUGGAUUGAAUUAAUUAUUUAAACCGAAUGGACAAUCAAAGUAUCAAACUAAUUAAGUUGGCAAAAGAUUGGAUGGUUUUAAAAAUGUUUGAAGUAUUAAAUGGUCUCAAUAACAAA